UUUUACGCUGGACGGAGCCGGUAGCUGUCAGACAGACAGAGAUCACAGUGUUGUCGCUGAUGCCUGGUUCUACUCGACAUGUAAACAUCAAACGUGAGACUGUCUUAGCUUAGACUUUUCCUUAUUAUCAUCAGGUAAAAUCAUCGCGGUUUAUUGGGCUGAAAAUCCGACAGAGCUGUAUCAACGCUAACGACCGCCUAUUUAUUCAUUUACCCGCUACAGCACAAGCUUUAGUCAUAAACUGGUUAUUUUUGCGUUUUUAUUCAUCUUUAAAAACAUGCAAAAUGCGUUUCGUCGGUUUCCGUGGUUCACCAACGUCUCAAUGUACGGCUGCCUGUUCGCCGGCGGGGACUUUGUCCACCAGUGGUUCUCGCGCACGGACAAAAUGGACUGGACGCACACCAGGAACGUCGCCGUGGUCGCUUUCAGUUUCCAUGGCAACUUCAAUUUCUUCUGGAUGCGCCUGCUGGAGCGGAAGUUUCCGGGCAACUCCGCCGCGAUGGUGAUGAGGAAGCUGCUGCUGGACCAGACCACAGCAGCGCCGCUGGCGACCAGUGUUUUCUACACAGGUGUCAGUCUCCUGGAGGGAAAAGAGGACAUCUUUGAAGACUGGAGAGCAAAAUUCCUCAAUACAUACAAGACGGGGCUGAUGUUCUGGCCAUUCAUGCAGCUUCUGAACUUUGCCCUGGUGCCUCUGUAUGUGCGGACUACUUUCACCGGCUGCUGUGCUUUCGUCUGGGCCAUCUUCCUGUGCUUCUCGCAACAGAGCGGCGACGGCACGGCCGCGGCCGCUCUGGCCUGGAUCCUCUCCCCGAAAGAGAAAGAAUGUGAACGCUCAGAGGAGAAAGCAGACGCUGAGGUCACGGUCGAGGCUCUUAAAGGUGGAACAGAAGCACCUAAAUCUACACAGAACUGAAAACUACUGAUUUUAAUGGAGGUGAGACUAAAAAAAGGGAACACACAGUUGUCCUGCCUGUGGUCGAUGUUGCACCAGCAGUGGCAGGGGUCGAGCUUUAAGUCCUACUGGGAUUGAUCUAAAAAUGUGAGACAAAGUUGUCAGGUUGUUUGGUAAUGUAUUUAUGUAAAGGGGCUAUAAUUAUGUGACAUAUGCAAGUAGAGUUUAAUACGGGUACUGCAAUCCAAAAUAAAGACACUGGAGUGCAUUGUCCCACCUUGCCAAUGUACUGUGUUACAGCAGCAAAGGCACUUUAAAGUAAAAGUUGUAGACAUUAUUUUCAUAAUCAAUUAAUCUGUUGAUUAUUUUCUCAAUUAAUCGAGUAAUUGUUUGGUUCGUAAAAUAUCAGAAAAUCUUGAAAAAUAUUGAUCGUGUUUACCAAACCUGGGAAUGAGGUCAAGUUUUAAAGAUUUCUUUGUUGUAUGGAGCAAAGAAACCAGAAAAUAUUCACAUUUAAGAAGCUGUUGUUUUAAUUAUUGAAAAAAAACCCACUUAAACUGAUUCAACAAUUAUUAUCUGAAUAAUCGAUUAAUAAAUCGAUUAUUCAGAUACUCGUUGCAGCCCUACAUGAAUAUGAGUAAUUUCAAUUUAACAUGUUUCCUUAAUCUCUGAUGAAAUAUCUCAUCCGUUUUAUGAUAUUUACGUUAAAGGCUUCUUUAAAAUAUAUAUCUCAAUAUUCACAAAGCAUAUCAUUAAAACCUAGUCUAUUUUCUUCUGACAUACUGUAUGUGGGUCAGAGAAUCUAUUGAUUGAAAAGUGUACAGUCGAUGUUCCAGAUUCCUCUGAUUCUACUCUAAAUGAAAACAAAUGUGGUUAAAAAGGGAGAACUGCGUGGAGAGGCAGCUAACCGCUACAGCCGGGAUGUUUACAUUCAUCCAAUUUGGGCCAAAAAUAAUCAACAGUUGAAUGUGUCUUUGUUUAGCAGAAGUGCUUUGACUGUUAUCUGCAGCGCCUCAUCUCCGACAGCUGCCGACUCUGGUUCCAGCUCACGUUCUGGUACAAGAAGUGCCAAAUACACGGGCUCAUAGCUUAAAUACCAUUAAUCACAUGUAUUACGACAUAAAUGUGUUUAUUAUUAGGUUUGUGGGUUUUUUUAAUGCAUAAGGGCCACAAUGCACCUUGUCUCCCACAUUUUUACAUCAAUUGACAUUUAAAUAUUGUGGUACGUGUGUCUGAGACAUUCGUUUACUUGAACGUGCAACUGGUUCCUGCCUGAUUUUUCAUGUCAAUGUGAUACUGUGAAGGGAUCUCUCUCUGACUUUCUUUACAUUUACAACAGUUUGCUGCUAAAAACAAAACAAAACAUUGCUUUACAGUUUUACUGCUGUGUGAAAGUGUGACAUUAUAGAUUUUAUGGUGACUCUUGAAAUGUAACAGCUGCCUCCAACAAGGGCUUAAAAAUGGAGGUUGAUUUUAGCUCAGUGCAUAUAAACUCCUGUCUUCUCUUCUCAGGUAGAUCAUUAACAUUCAAACGGUCACAAUUUGUACAUUUUUCACCUGAAAUGCAUUUAUUAUAGUUUUCCUGGACUAAACUCUUACUGUGUUAAUAACACAUCACUGUUUGUUCACACACUUUCAAGUACAGUAACUUAUUAUCAAGUUUCUCUUUCUUGUUAAUUGACUGCCUGUUUAUUUUCGUCUGCUGUAGAGAUUGUAAAUUAAGGUCAAUUCAAUAAUAAUUAUUGAUUUUGUUCACAUUACAUUAACUAUGUAACGUGUAGCUCAACAGAGAAUGUCUACUGCUUCCAAAGUCAAGUUUGACAGGUUUUUGACAGGUUUUGAUAUCACAUUUGAUCCCGAGUUACAUUAAUUGUAAUUGUUAAAACAAAUUUGACAUAAUUUAUUGUUGAAUAAAUUGAAAAAA